GUGUUCGUGGACCGCAACGAUUCGCAGCAGAUUCUCAACGUCACGCGUGCCGUCCGAAGCUCGGACUUCUCCUUCUGGACAGGCUCCCCCGCCGCAGCCCACGUUGUUCGUGCGAUUGCAAGGGUGCGCUGCUUAGAGAUGGUCCACGCAAGCCGCCUGGACUCCGAGGGGGUCAACGAAGUCGACGUGAGCGCGUCCAGCCGCGCGAUCUGGACCAAGUGGACGCGGGGCCUAGAUGCCACCGCGAAGAGGCACCUCGAGAUUUUCCGAGGGGGCGCCGCCAAGACGCCCACGCAUGGUGGCCGAGCAGCGGCCUGCGCUGCCUGCCGGGCCCAGUUGGCCAGCCUCAGACAUUACUUCCAAGACUGCCCGCUCUUCCAGCAGGAACGGGCGCAGAUCGCGCGCGAUCUUGGGUUUCCAGCGACUUUCCUGGCGCACCCAGCCUCGGGCGACGACAGAAUCAGGAUGGAUCACUUACAGAGCGGGCAGGACCGCAUCCCGAAUAUCUACGAUGCAGGUGGCAGCUUGCCGCCUCGGUAUCGCCAUCGUGGCUGA